AUGGCGUUCAUCUUCACAUGCGGCACCCAUACUUUCCAGUCUCUGCUCCAAGGAUAUGAAUCCGUUACCGUACAGUGUCAAAACUGCGGGAACUUCAGCGGGAAGGUAGUAAAGCGAUGGGAAUGGUUCACCUUCUGCUUUGUCCCGAUCAUCCCAUUCUCCCUCAAACCCUGGCACGAAGUCAACUGCCACAUCUGCCACUUCCAUCAAGACCUGAAGUACCGACCGGACGUCCAGCAGCAGAUGAACGGCGGAGGAGGACAACAGAUACCUAUGCAGAACGGACCACCGCAAGGUUGGAAUAGUGGGAAUCCGUAUGCACAGCCGGGACAACCGCAGUAUAAGUGA